CAAAGAAAAGCUGAAUAGCCAGUCCAGGCUCCAUAAACUGGUGAAAGGGCACAAGCUUAGAAAAAGAGCCAUCAAUCGUGAUGAAGCAGCAGCAGCAGCAGAAGCUGUUUCUCAUCGCGACCUUCAUUUUCUUCCUGUCUUCCCCAACCUUUACCGAUGGUGCCGGAAUUUUAUCACGCAUUUUUGACCGCACGAUCACGGCUUCCGGCAGCAACCACCUCAGCAGUGGCAACAGCAGCAGCAAAUACUUGACCAGAGAUGCUCUCUGGUUCAACCAAACUCUCGAUCACUUCUCCCCUUAUGAUCACCGGCAAUUCAGACAGCGUUACUAUGAGUUCCUAGACCAUUUUCGGGCUCCCGACGGGCCAAUUUUCUUGAAAAUCUGCGGUGAAUCGGAAUGCGGAGGGAUAUCCAAUGAUUACCUCGCUGUUUUGGCAAAGAAAUUCGAAGCUGCAGUGGUGUCUCCUGAGCAUCGUUACUAUGGGAAGAGUUCCCCUUUCAAAUCUUUGACCACUGAGAAUCUGAGGUUUCUUUCUUCAAAGCAGGCACUUUUUGAUUUAGCUGUUUUCCGUGAUUAUUAUCAGAAAUCCUUGAAUGCCAGGUUCAAUAGGACCGCAGCUGAUAAUCCAUGGUUUGUCUUUGGUGUUUCGUAUUCUGGAGCUCUUAGUGCCUGGUUUCGUCUGAAGUUUCCUCACUUGACUUGUGGAAGUCUUGCCAGCUCUGGUGUUGUUCUUGCUGUUUACAACUUCACUGAAUUUGAUCAGCAGAUUGGUGAGUCUGCUGGUCCUGAAUGCAAGUCUGUGUUACAAGAAAUUACUCAUCUAGUUGAGGAAAGGCUUGCAUCUAAUGCCAAUGAGUUAAAAUCAUUGUUUGGUGCUCUGGAGCUAAAAAUAGAUGGAGAUUUCAUGUACUUUCUGGCAGAUGCUGCAGCUAUAGCGUUUCAGUAUGGAAAUCCAGAUAAACUAUGUACCCCUCUCAUUGAAGCAAAAAAGGCUGGGGAGGAUUUAGUGAAUGCAUAUGCCAUAUAUGUGAAAGAGUAUUAUGUCAAGAGCUUUGGUGCCAAUGUUGAAACAUAUAACCAGCAACAUCUGAAGAAUACUGCUGUGAAUGAUGACUCAGCCGAUCGCUUAUGGUGGUUCCAAGUCUGCACCGAAGUAGCAUACUUUCAGGUGGCCCCAUCAAAUGAUAGUAUUCGAUCUUCGAAGGUUGAUACAAGAUACCAUUUGGACCUUUGCAAAAAUGUCUUUGGAGAGGGCAUCUACCCUGAUGUUGAUGCAACCAAUUUAUACUAUGGGGGUACUGAUAUUGCUGGUUCAAAAAUAGUUUUUUCUAAUGGAUCACAGGAUCCUUGGCGGCAUGCUUCCAAACAAACUUCUUCUCCAGAGAUGCCUUCAUAUAUUAUCUCUUGUCAUAAUUGUGGACAUGGAACUGAUCUGCGGGGUUGCCCUCAGUCUCCUUUAGUCAUUGAAGGUGAUGCCAGCAAUUGCAGCUCCCCUGAUGCUGUUCACAAGGUCCGGCAGCAGAUCAUAGAGCACAUAGAUUUAUGGCUGUCUCAGUGUCGGUCUUCAGGCAGGAGUUCAAUGUGAUGAAGAACUAGAACUAGCUGGCUGGCCAAGAGAGGAAAUUUGUAAUUUUUAAUGGCUAACCAUUUACAUAUUUAUCACUGUCAGCAGAUGAUGUAUAAUUUGCUUAGCCAUUGAUCCUGCCAUCUGUACGAGUAAUUGUAGUGUCCAGGCUAAAUAAGAGAACCAACUCUUACUGAAGCCGCACAUUUCCUUGUGGAAAUGUGCGGAGGUAGAUAUGAAUGAAAACUGAGACGAUGAUCGCACUGCUUAUUUACUACUUUCUCGGAGUCAGUUUGCUGAGCUAAGGGGCUGAGGAGAUGAGACAAGCCGUUGUAACCAGCAGAAGGGAAAACAACAUUAAAAACAAAAAGGAAAGAGGAGCAAAUUAUGAACUUCCAAAGUAAGACAAUGCCAGCCAAAUUACUGAAAAGUAAGAUGCUGUAAAAGGGUGAAAAAUGUUGGUAGUUGUGAUGCUCUUGAAUGGUGUCAAAAAUUUCAAGCGCUUUAUAAUGGAAAUUCCUUCUCUUCAAGUUCCUUCGUUAAA